GCGCUUCGCUCCCGGUCGCCCUUCUCGGCGCCAUGAGCAGGCCGGGGCUGCAGCGGGAGCUGCGGGAGGAGGCCGCCGCCCUGGAGCGGCGGCGGCAGCGGGAGCUGCAGCGGCAGAGCCGCAUCUUCAACGCGCGAGUCCGGACCAUCGGGGUUGAUAAAGAUGCACUGGAUACCCAGGUCAAGGACAGGAAAAUUCAAGAAGCAGCUGAAAAAGCACGAAAUGAAGAACUUGCUAAUGAAAUGAAGCAAAAUGACAAGAUAAUGUGUAUGUUAGAAGAACGACAGAAAAAUGAUAUCAGAAACAUAAAUAAGGCUAUCACUGAAUUUCAGAAGAAUUUUCAGAAGCCAGAAACAAGACGUGAAUUUGACCUGUCUGAUCCGCAAGCCCUAAAGAAGGAUAAACCUGCUCGACUUUCGGAUGAUGAUCCUCGAUGUACCGUAUCUGGCUUGCAGAAGUUUAUGGGCGAAGACUUAAACUAUAAUCAGAGGAUGAAAUUUCAAAAGGAGCAGUUAAGAGAGUGGUCUCUUCAGCAACAGAGAGACUGGAAGAAUGCAUUAGCUGAUCAAAAAGUUGCAGAUGAUCUUUAUGACAAGAAUAGGAUUGCACUUGACCAAAAGACUAUGGAGCAACAACGAAAAGAAGAAGAAAACAGGCGUGCUGUUUGUGCAGCUAUUAAAGAUUUCAAUAGAACCCAGGCUGCUGAAAUAGCUGAGAGAAAGAAGUUGGAAAAGUAUCAAAAAAUGAAGGAUGACAUGGAUGAAAUUUCCAGCCUUCUUCAAGGAGACUUACUUUCCGAAAACCCUGAACAAGCAGUCAGUUCCUUUGGUAGACAUCGUGUGAUCACAGAUCGAUGGAAGGGAAUGAAUCAGGAUCAGCUGAUGGCAAUCCGUUACUCUCAACAGCAACAAGUUCUGGAGAAACUGAGACUAAAAGAGGAAGAACGCCAAAGAGAUGCUGAAUGGGACAGGCAAAGUAUACAGGUUGCAAGAGCACAGUUGGUUUUAGAGAGGCAUCAACGACGACAGAAUCGGGAACGCCGCCAGGCUUUAGAUAACAUAAACGCAGAGCUAUCUCAGGAGCAGAAAUCAAAGAACAUUUAUCUUAAAGAAGAAGCAUAUUCAAAUUUUCCAACAAGCCAGUAUUACGCACAGUUUAAUACAACCAGCCGAUGACAUUCUGGAUAAUCAACCUGAAAUAUACAGAAGUAUGUAGACAUAUUAAAAUUUUUAAUUGAGUAAUCCCGUGUUUUAUUAUUUUUAUCUGUUCCCUAUCCUGUUCAAACAGUGCACUCAAACUAAAGGACAGUCUGCUAGGCCACAUCUGUUCAAAGAAGAGAAAAACAUUGUAAUAAUUUCUAAACUUGGUUGUUUUUCUAAAAAGUACUAAUUCAGUAGUAGGUUGUUUGACUACUGUGUCUCAGGCUUAACUGUAAUAUUUACAUUAUCCAUGGCUUUAGAAAUCGAUUUCUGGGAAGGAAUCACAAUUUAAAAUACAAUGCUACUUUAUGCAACUUGGUCAGAGGGGAAUGCUGCCCGAUCACAAGUGAUGCACACUUAGCAGAUUCUAUGUGAGGGAAUAAAAAUGGCCUAGGUAGAAAGUUUUGGUUUUGUUUGUUUGUGUUUUUGUUUUGUUUGGGUUUGGUUUUUAAAAGCAAAAAAAGCAGCCAGACACAAAAUGGACAAGUUGGUCAGAAAUACUGCCUUUAUUUCUUGAAUAUUAGGAAUAAGAAGAUUUCGACAUUUACCAAGGUGAUUUUAGCAUCAAGGUAUGACACAAAAAUGGAAUGUGUGUUAUUUUAAGUGGACAAAAAGUAUGAGGGGAAAGUAUUCCUACGUACACCAUCACUUGUUAGAAAUAACAGAGAAAAUUUAAGGGUAGUGUGCCUCUGAAGAAGAGGGAGAGAAGAGGAAGAGUUUACAGAUGUGAUGGAAGAGGGGGGAAAAAGCAGGCAUGUACCAAACAAAAUCAAGGAGAAAAAUCUCAGCUUGUGCAGGGUAAUUCAGGGAAACAGUUUGCUUCCUGUCUUUAUAGUUACAGAUUUGACUUAGCAAUGGAAGAGACAGUCAAUGAUAUUUGAAAAAUAGGCAAGUGAAACCCACGGAAAGAAAAUAUGAAGCAGCAAUGCAAGAAACUAAAAGCACAAGAGAAAUGGGUGGUGGAGAUAACCAUAAAAGUAAAUCUAGAAGGGAAAGAGACAACAUACCGAGGACUGGAAAAAGGGUUAGAAGACUUAAUGAUUUAAAACAGAAGAAAGAAUGAGAGAUUCAGCUAAACAUCCAAGACCUCUAAGAUUGUGAACCCUUAGUAAAAAUAGAGAGGCCAUUUAUGACGAUAGAUCUUGAAAUAAGUAUGUGUAGCUUGCCAGAAUCUAGUAUGCGAACUGGGCAUAAAAAACAUCCUCGUGAUAUUGGCAUGGAGUCUGCUAAUUGUUCUUUGUAUCAGGAUAGUGACAACUUUGAAUUCUGGUGAAACAGGUUGAAGAAGACUACACCAGGCUAAGUAGGAAAGAUAUUUAAAGAAACUGAGGCUGAGGUAAACUCUAAUGACUUAUUCUCAUCAUUGUGAAAGUAAUCAAUAAUGCAUGGUUCUCAAUAUAGAUACUAUUAGGAGGAUUUUGAAAUGUUUGAAGGAAGCAUUCCUUGAAAGGGGACUGUUCAAACAGAUCUGUUUGCAUUCCUUGAAAGGGGAUUCUUCAAAUAGGUCUGUUUGCUCAGCUGAAAUAGUGGCCCUGUGGGAUCAGGCUGAUUAGACCAAUUACCAUUUUGAACCAGGUAAUAACAACAAGAGUUUGGAAAAGACCAUUGUGUUAAUCCCUCUAGAUGGAGAGGAGGAAGAGAAUCAAGUAAGGAGAAUAUAAAAAUAGGUAAAGAAGUGUCUUGGGACAGGAUAACCCAUAGCAAAAAGGUAUGUCCCUAUUUUAGUAUAUUAAUACAACUGGAACUAAUUGCAGUAUAGAUAGAAACUAGGUAGUAAAGCUGUGUGUCUGGAAUACAGGAACUGAGGAAUGCGCUAUUCAGAAAAGUUGGAAGAUAGAGCUGAGAGAGGAUCUCACUUGCACCGUUAAUGAUGAACCAGAUUACAGAGAAGUAAAAAGGGAUGGUAUUCAAGAGAUUCUAAUGUGAUAGGUACUUGGAAAUCCAUUUAUUUGUCAGGCCGGGAUUCACACAUGGCUGGAUGUCUUUGUAAUACUACCAAAUACUGUAUUAAAUUGACAAUCUCAGAAGUGCAGGUACUCAUCUCAGAAUAGAAAGGCUAUCAAGUGGGGUGGGAGGAUAAAACAGUAGUCUAUCUAUAGUAGUUUUCAUUUAACUAAAGUUGGAUUUGAUCUGUGUUGAAUAUC